CUUCCUCUCGAGAUGCUGUUGGCGAUCGAAUGAAACAUUCGAACACCAAACGAUUAUUUAGGGUGCGUGCCGAUUAACAUCAAAUUGUUGGAUCUUCAUGAAAGGUAUACUUGCUUCAAAUGACGUCAUAAAGAUGAAACUCUACUUUUUAUUUUCUUCUUUUCGCUUAACCUACUUUGGAAAGGCCUAUCAUCAAGAAAACGUUCCAUUGCUCAGAUGAUGGCCGCGUUUUUUCAAGAUAGGUAAUUCGGCAAAUGUAAAAGAAGGUUUUAGUUAAAAAGAAAGCUCUUCAAACAUUCAGCUGUCUCAUGGAUUAUCGGGGAAAAUGGAGAAAAUGUAGAGAUUUAUGGGUGUUUAUUUAAUUGGAUAUCCUUUGAGGGAGCAUGUGGCUCCUGUUUUUCUUUUUGCCAGUGGUCCAAAGUCUAACAUAUAGCAGUCGUCGCGUAGCUCCAGUUUGGACUGAGGGGCCCUCGGAUCAGAGGGCCCCCACAUUUCCUUUUGACACCAACAUAGCUUUAAAUUUACUCAAUUUCGCUCAACAAUUACUCGCUGCUCCUCGUGCCUGUUUUUACCAGGGCAACAGUUAUUCGUGUGGCCUGAGCAUAGGUUGCUGGUUCCAGGGUAAAAGAUCGAUGGACCUCUGCAGCGGAGGUGUUGUCUGGUCAUGUUGCGUGCCAAAGAAUGCAGAGCCUAACAAAAGGGCCGUCGUCGAGUCUGCAACUUGUGGAAAAACAUACAUCAGGGAUUCGAAAAUAGUUGGAGGAGAAAACACAACAUUUGGUCAUCAGCCUUGGCAUGUCGGCGUGAUAAAGAGGGCGCUGAUGUCGCAGAAGAUAGCAUGUGGUGGAGCUCUCAUCCACGAAAAAUGGGUCAUCACGGCAGCUCACUGUGUCUAUAAAACUCCCGCCACUACUUUGAGGGUGAGAGUGGGUGAGUACAACAUUCGAGAAAAUUCUGAAGUCUUUCCUCACGAAGAAUACAGCGUGAAGAGAAAAGUGGUGAAUGAAGAUUACGAACCCGCUACCUAUAGGCACGAUAUAGCACUAUUAGAGCUCUCACACCCUGUAGUCUAUAGGAAACAUAUAGUGCCCAUCUGCUUGCCAGAAAAACUGGAAAACUUCACCGGCAGAAUGGCGACUGUUACGGGAUGGGGAAGAACAAGUUACGGUCGUCGUACACCCCCCAACAUUCUUCAGAAGGUGAGCGUUGAAGUGAUUGGAACAGAUAUGUGUCAGGAAUGGCUUCGUAUUGCUGGAAGAAAAGAGACUGUCUAUCCAACAAUGGUCUGUGCUGGUUACAAAGAAGGAGGAAAGGAUUCAUGCCAAGGUGACUCUGGUGGUCCUCUGACCAUUCGAGAAGAUGGCCGAACGACACUGAUAGGUCUAGUCUCGUGGGGUGUGGGUUGCGCUCGACCCAAUCUACCCGGUGUCUACACGAAAAUCACUGAAUACUUGGACUGGAUACGAAUACAUCUGCGAUCAUGAUCUCCUCAUAAAAUGUACAUUCAUUUGUUUAUAAGACCAUUUGUAAAUAUUUUGUUCAAUAGAGAGACCACUGCAUAGAAUACAGAAUUGAAGAAUGCAUCACACAAUACAGCGACUUUGUAGCAGAACGUUACAGAGUUCUUGCAGAAAGAUUUUUCGAUUAAAAAGCAAAAAAUUUUACUUUUCUUUUCUACAGA